AUGGACAAUGCGUCCAUCGGGGGCCUGCGAGGCGUCUCGACUCCUUAUGUGACGCCAUCUGACCUACCACGUCCUCUGCCCAUCACCGUUGCCAAAGCCACCACCGCUCUGCACCGUGCCGAACCUGUCUCCACACCUGAGGUGGAGGCGCUGCUGGACAGCAUUAAGUGGGACGACAAGGGGCUCGUGGUGGCCAUCGCCCAGCAUGCUGACACUGGCGCCAUCCUCAUGCAGGGGUUUGCGAACCGCAACGCGGUGUCGGCCACGCUGGCAUCGGACCGUGCCACGUUCUUCAGCCGGUCACGGAAGUGCUUGUGGACCAAGGGCGAGACCUCGGGGCACUUCAUCAAUGUGCUUGACAUGUUCAUUGACUGCGACAGGGACACGAUCAUCUACCUUGGUAUCCCUGAUGGGCCCACUUGCCAUACAGGCACUAACACAUGCUUUUUCACGAAGUUGGACCUGUCCAGUGAUUUAGUAGCUAAGAACAAGUCUGCUUCUAGUGAGGAUGUUUCUUGCGCCCAGAGCACGCUCUUCCAGCUAGAGGAAGUCAUUGCGUCUCGUAGACGGCAGAUGGAGCAGGAACAGCAGCAGCAAGAGCAGCAGAAACCAGGAGAAGAACGAGCGAAGCCGUCGUGGACUGCACGCUUGCUUUCAAAUCACUCACUUCUUUGCUCCAAAAUCAGGGAGGAGGCAGAUGAGUUGUGCCAGACCUUGGAAGGGAAUGAGGCGGGAGAAAGAGCUGCUUCCGAGAUGGCAGACGUUCUUUACCAUUCUAUGGUUCUGCUUGCUGUCAAGGGUGUCAAGAUGGAAGAUUCAACCAAUCCAGGCGUGCUGUACGCUCUGGAGCAGAAGGUCAGGAAAGAAGGGGCAUCACUCUUGGCCAAAUCUUUUCGCCCAAUCUCCACCGUGUCUCCCACUCGCUCCCCUCAAGAUUUCCCUUCCGCAAUGUCCUCCGCGGCUCCUAGCAAUCCCUUCCCCGACUGUGCCCUCACUCCGCGCCAAUCCCCCAUUGCCUGCCUGUCCCCAUCACAAAGCAAGCUGGCAGCCAGUAAUCCGUCGUUCCUGCUACCUGAUCUGCGUCCGUCCAAAUCCAUUGGCUCCUCCUUUCUCGUAGACGCGUCGAUGCAAUCAAGCGAUGAGGAUCACGCGCUUCCGUUAUCUCUCUCAACCAUUACUCCUCCAUCGUCCAAUGCUCCCCUUAACGACAUCCCCUCAUCACAGCAGCGGCACAUAGAUCGGAGGAGCUUCCAGGAAGUCGAUUUCUUUCGACCCCGCGCAGAACCUUCCGCUGUUAGACCCUCCCCGGCAUCGGUCGCUGCAACCGAGUCGGCUCCCGCCUUCGCACCCGCUACUAUCGCCGCGGCACCGGGUUCUUUGUCUCGUCAUGGGGCCCAUCGAAGUGCUGAGGCAACGACACACCCGUGUGUCGACUACUCAGUCGUAUCCGUAACACCCCAUCAGCGCCUCCCCUCGGAGCAGCAGAAACCGCCGUCGGCGGGUCGAUCCCCGUUAUUGGCGUCUUCGUUAAUGGCGUCAGUUGCCGAGUGGUCCAACGUGAUGAUGCCGCCGCCCGCAACAGCAGGGACUGCCAAGAGCCUUCUGCCAGGCUCCUCGCUCGCCAACGAUCUGCACAGACCCGUUACCGCCCUUCGCCGACCGACGCUUAACCCGUUCAGCGACAAGCCGCGGGGAGACGCGGCACCGGCGCCGGAAGCUGGCGACGGGUCGGCGAAAAGGCCUCGAUGCGAGAGCCCGUCGCAUCAGCUGCUACCCAGCCUGAGCAGCAGCACGGCCUGCACCGCCAAUAUCCGCGAUAGUAGCCACCCCGCGAUUACACGGUCUGGCCUAUCCAACCCGGCGCCACCCGUCCCAAGCAAGUUCUCCUCGGCGAAUCUCGUGCAGGAUAUUCAGAAAUCGGCGCGCGGAGACCUGUCGCUGGACCUUCCCCCGCCGUGCUGCUCCUGGAUGUGCAUCUACUUCUCCGUGCCGUGCCGCAAGAAGCGCCGCCUCGCGCCGUCCUCUACCACCAGCGGAAGGACCAACAGCGUCAGCGCGGCUGUUAGCGGAAGCAUGAUCAGCGGCGGUGGUGACAGCGGCGUAAUCAGGAGGCGGAGGGCGGCUCGCCCUGCCGCACUUCCAGCUUCAAGCGGUACCAGCCUUUCCGGCGCGGCGGGAGCUCCGCGUAACCCGCCGCGGCAGCCGGUGGGCAGGGGGGGCAUGAAGGAGGAGCGAGAGGUAUGGGCAAGGGAGGACCAAUCCAAGGCCAGCGGUAGUAAAGGCGGUGCGCAUCUGGCGAGAUGUGAGAGUGCGAACGGCGGGGAUUCGUCGGUGCACGGAGGCUUAAAUACCGUGCUGACGUCAGCGUUUGCAGCAGCACGAGGCGGUCCGUCAGCAGCACGAGAAGACGGCAUGUUUACACCGGCUUCCGAGCUGGGAGUGGGGAGCCAGCCAGCAGGCGCGUCGGCUUCCGAGCUGCUGGCGUCGUACGCGGCGUCGGGCUGCGCGUCGCCUGCUCUCCGCGCGUUCCUCGCACUCUCUCCGAACCUGUCGGCCCUGCUCAAUCCGUCCGCGCUCCCGGCUGCUGAUGCAGCAGCAGCAGCACCUACAACUGCCAUGGACAGCACCCUUCCCCAGCAGCCGUCCUUUCCCCAUAACACGCCUUGGCAUGCGCCGGCUCCCCUCAGUGGUGGCGGCUGUGGCCAUUCCGCUGCGGAUCCCAGCAGCGAUCGAGUGUCGGGUUUUAUCGCAGCGGAGUCAGGCCGGGAUGCUUGGAAGACCAAGGCUCUUGACCUCUCCCUGCGGUUGUGA